AUGCUCUGGCGCAAAUGGGCUCCAGCUGCCGUCUCUGCCGCCCUUCCAGGAGUCUCGUUGCGGCUAGCAAGCAGUGAGUCGAAGGACUACUACAAGAUCCUCGGCGUGAGUCGGACAGCGACGGCCAGUGAGAUCAAGAAGGCGUACCGCAAGCGGGCCUUGGAGACCCAUCCGGAUCAAGGUGGAAAGAAGGAGGACUUUGCCGAGGUUGCAGAGGCCUAUGAGUGUCUUAACAACGAUGAAAAGCGUCGGGUAUACGACCAGUAUGGGUCAGAGGCAGCCGCAAACAUGAAUGCUGCCAAUGGAAUGGGUGGAUUUGGUGGUCAUCACACAGCCGAGGACAUUUUUGCCGAAUUUUUCAAGGGCAGGAUGGGUGGAUUCGGCGGGGACAUGCGCCCUGGCCCAGCACAGGUGCAACCCAUCGAGGUGAAGUUACGCUUGACACUGGAGGAGGUUUAUAAGGGGGUGUCUAAGAAGGCUCGGGUAAACCGUCCUGUGAAGUGCGCCGAUUGUCGCGGUUUCGGGACGAAAAGUCAGACAAAGAAGCCAAAGUGCGCCCACUGUGAUGGUAGUGGUCAUGUUGUACACCAGCACCGCAUGGGUCCCGGGAUGGUGCAGCAAACGGUCUCACAGUGUUCUCGUUGCGGAGGCUCCGGUACAAUGGCUAAACCAGAAGAUAAGUGUCCAAAGUGUCAUGGAAUGGGUUACCGAAACCUGGCACAGGACGUAAACAUUGAUAUUCCGCCUGGGGUACCCGCCAACGUCACACUGAUCGUGCGUGGUGAGGGGGGAUCCAUGCCUGACGCAGAACCAGGAGAUUUGCAUGUGCAGGUUGAAGUGGCUCCUCAUAAAGUAUUUACCCGACGCGGUGACGAUCUUUUGAUGAAGAAGGAAAUGACCCUCUCGGAGGCUCUCUUAGGCAUGCAGUUAUCUGUGAAAACGUUGGAUGGACGUCAUGUGCUGGUAAAAGUACCCCACGACACCGUUCUUCAUCCGGACAGCGUUCUGAAGGUCACUGGAGAGGGCAUGCCAGGAACCAACGGUGGACGCGGUGAUCUCUACGUGAUCACCCAUAUGAAGAUGCCGCAUAAACUAACAGCUCAGCAGCGCGAGGCUAUCACAAAGGCCUUUGGUAAACCUCAAGAGGGGUCACAGACCUCUAAUGAGAAAACUGCUACCGCACGUGUGAUGCGUGAGACCGCGCAGGAGCUUGAAGAUGCGAUGCGUGGGCACUGGGAUGCUCAAGAAGGCGGCGGUAUUGGUGGUGGCGCUGGCGGGCAUGGUCGCGGUAGGCAGAGAUCACAACAGGCGGAGUGUGUUCAUCAGUAG